AUGAGAUGCAUUCUCGAUUCUGGCAGCCAAGUCGAAACAAUUACCGAAGAAGCUGCAAAGCGAUUGCAGUUACCAGAAAGAAGAAGCGACGUGCAGCUGAUUGGGAUCGGCGGAACAACAACGACCAGUAAGAAAAUUAUAACAAGGAUAGCUUCUAUACAUGCGAACGUGUUCAUCGACAUUGAGAUGGUGAUCGUGCCAAAAAUAGUGGGCGAUCAACCAAAUACGACGAUCAGCGAAAGGGAAAUCGACAUCCCAGAGGAGUUGCCUCUGGCCGAUCCCGAGUUCUUUAGAACACAACCAGUAGACAUUCUCUUAGGUGCAAGAGUGUUCUAUACGAUGUUGGGACCGAACCAACUAACGGUGGGCAGAGGACUCACAUUUCAAGAAUCCGGCCUAGGCUGGCUAGCGGUAGGGAUUUUAUCAGCACCCUGUGCAGCCACGGCAACGUCAUACCCCAUAACGGAGAAACAUGAAUCACCAGACUUGAUAACGAACGAAGAAUUAAAAGAAUUAUUCAAACUGUUUUGGAAAAUCGAGGAACCGAUUUGGGAACCUAAAGAAGAUGCACAACCUGACGCAGAAGCGCAUUUCUGCAAAACGAUAAAAACGGCUAAUGACGGCAGAUACGUUACGAGAAUACCCCUACGGGGGGAGGUGUCUUGCUUGGGUGACUCUUACCAGCAAGCACGCAAACGAUUUUUAUCAUUGGAACGGAGACUUGAGAAGAGCUCCGACACGUACAAGGAAUAUAGAUGUUUUAUGCACGAGUACGAAGAGCUGGGGCACAUGGUUCCAGUCACAGCUGAAGAAUUCUGCAAAAUAAAAUAUUUCAUACCACACUCGUGUGUGGUAAAACCGGAUUCGACUUCAACGAAACUACGAGUAGUUUUCGACGCUAGCGCAAAGACAUUGAGCGGAAUUUCUUUAAACGACAUUCAGGUUGUAGGACCGACAAUUCAGAGAGAGCUAUUCGACUUGCUCAUUGAUUUCAAAACUCAUGACAAAGUACUGAUGGCAGACAUCGCGAAGAUGUACAGACAAAUUUUGAUUGCGCAACCUGACACGUGGUUGCAAUGUAUAUUAUGGCGUAAACACUCAAAUGAACCACUGCGCGCAUACAGAUUGUUAACCGUUACGUAUGGUGAAGCUUCAUCAUCAUUUUUAGCGUGCAGAGCUUUGUACGAAGCUGCAGAAGAUUAUCGAACAAUCAACUCGAAGAUCACCGAAGCCAUACAACAGUCAUUUUAUGUUGAUAAUUUAAUGAUUGGAGCAGCAUCCACUGAAGAAUUAAUCGAAUUGAAACAUGGCGUGGAAGACGCUUUGCUACGCCACUGUUUCCCAUUACGAAAAUGGGCCUCAAAUGACACCAAAGUACUAGAAGGUAUCCCAGAGCGGGAUCUGGAACCUCUGAUCCAUGUUGGAGAUCAGGAUAUUAUCAAGACGUUAGGUGUAGGCUGGAACCCCAUGAGAGACGUGUUCCAGUUUAUAGCCCCUAGUAACGAAGGCGAAGAAAACGCUUACGAAGAGACAGAUGGUCUCAAAGAUACUGAGAUUAUACGAUCCGAUUGGAUUGAUCCAGCCAGUGAUCAUCACGGCAAAAAUAAUUAUGCAACAGUUGUGGACGCUCAAUUUAAAUUGGGAUGA